AUGAAAUUAUGGAAGUGGAGAAAUGCUUGCAUAUUUGGUGAUCGAAUUCAGCAUGAUCUUGAUGUGAAUGAAAUUUUAGCUUUGGUCAAGGACACCGAAGUCGCUCAAGCUGGAAAUCUAGCAGAAGGCCGCUUUAGUGGCCAACCGCAGUCGAGAGUAGGCCAUGCAGAGAAUUCGAGCCUAGCCGAUUCUCGGAGGCUUGAUAUUGGAGGAGGCUCGGCGGUGCCUACUAGCCUUGCGGGCGCUCCUUCGAAGGUUGCUCCUUUUGACCUUAUGGUUUCGGAGGUCGGGGCUACGACGGGCGAGUGGAUAUUAGUUUCGGCCGGGCUAAAGCCGGCGCUCGCUCGAAUUGAUGGCGUCGAUCUCGGCAAGCUUUGCUCUCUCGGCGCAAAGGAUGGGCCUCCGUUGGUUGGCACUAGCACACGGUCCGUUCUUACAAGCGUUGGCGCGCGGCUGCUGCUCGCUUGGUGCUCGGCCCGAGCGCGGCAGCGCGGGGGACGGCCUCCGGCGAAUGGCCGGUUUGUGCGGCUCCGAAGAGGCAGAGGCGAAGAUAGGCGCAACCGAUGGGGCUCGUUGGAUAUGGUUAGUGUUGGCUUGCUAGACCUCCCGCGAGUUGAAGGGCCUCGAGCGCGAGCCCCGGCGCUAACCGAGCGCCGCAAGACAAAGAAGACAAAACGGAAUGCUAAGAAGGGCUUGCCCUUUGUAGUAGCUUUAUGA